CCCCGGAACUCUGGGCGUGCGGUCCGCGCGGGCGCCAGGUCCGGGCCGAAGACCGCCGCCAGCCCGAUGGCCGCGCUCCCCGUGGCCUGUGGCGCCACCCUGGCCUCCUCUCGCCAACUGGGGCGAGUUUGAGAAGGGCCCGACGGCCGGGCGCUCGCUCCUUUCCCUCGAAGCCGAUCUCGCCCCAGGGCCCCGGGCCGUGCGGGCCAGCUGCAGCUCGGGAGCGCUCGCUCAGGCGCAGCCCCCGGGCAGGAGGGUUGGCCCCAGACUCGCCCGGCCAGCCCAGCCGCCCCAACCGCCUCUCGGCCCCGGGGCCGUCCUGAGCGGCCCGGAGAGGCGUCGAGCACAGCCCCAGUACGCACCGCGUCGCCGGCCGCGGAAGGGCGCCAUCGGCGCGCAUUGGCCCGGGAGGCCCCCGCAGCCUAGGACCGGCGGCCCAGAGCCCGGCCAGGCCGUGGGGACCGCAGAGCGCGCCCCUUGGAAGAGGUCCCGCAGCGACGCCCCGGCCCGCCCCGCUCCUCCUCCUGCCUGGCCAAGCUGCCUCCCAUUUGGGAAGUUUUGUGGGGUUUCUUUCUCCUCCAACUUUGGCGGAGACCCCUGCUCAAGCGCCACAACCGGGGCAGCCUCCUCGCCCUCAGGCCGCGUGCCAUGGUGCCAGGCACCCAAGGCUGAAGACAGCAAGCCCAAGCCUUGCCUGAAGCAGGCGGUGCAGGAGGCCAUGGCCAUUGCCACGUCGGCCCAGCUGGCCCGGGCACUGUAUGACAACACCGCAGAGUCACCCCAAGAGCUGUCCUUCCGCCGAGGGGAUGUUCUACGGGUCCUGCAGAAGGAGGGCGCUGGCGGACUAGAUGGCUGGUGCCUCUGCUCCCUGCAUGGCCAGCAAGGCAUUGUGCCCGCCAACAGAGUGAAGCUCCUCCCUGCUGGCCCAGCACCCAAACCCAACCUUGCCCUGGCACUUCCCACCGAGCCCAGCUUACCACACCCAGCCCUGGAGCCUGACAAUAGGGAGCAAGAGGUGUAUGUGGUGCCACCCCCAGCUCGGCCCUGUCCUGCCACAGGACCUCUGUCUGGAUCCUGCCCGCCAUCCUUUGAUCCCAUCUACAAGGUCCCCAGAGGCAGUGGAACCCCACCUGGAGAUACCCUGGAGGUCUAUGAUGUGCCCUCCACUGCCCUCCGGACUCCCUCCAGUGACCCCUAUGACUCUCCAGCCUCAUUUUCCCGAUCUCUGGCUUGGUUUGCCCCUCAGCCUCCUGGAGAGGAUGAUGCUACCUAUGAUGUGCCUCUGGCCCCAAAGCUACCCUCAGAGCUGGAGCCAGAUCUGGAAUGGGAAGGGGGUCGGGAACCAGAGCCACCCCUCUAUGCUGCCCCCUCCAACCUAAAACGGGCAUCAGCACUCCUCAACUUGUAUGAAGCACCUGAGGAACUUACAAAUGGAGAGGGCAGAGACACUGAUGAGGGCAUCUACGAUGUACCCCUGCUGGUGCCCGAGGCACCCCCUUCUCCAGAGCCCCCAGGAGCCUCAGCCUCCAGUGAUCUGGACACCCUGGCUGGGCUUCUGCCCAGAAGCCCCCCACCUCCCCACAGGCCCCGGCUGCCCUCUGCUGAAAGCCUGUCCCGUCGCCCUCUGCCUGCCCUGCCUGUUCCUGAGCCUCCCAGCCCCUCUCCGGCUCCCUCUCCUGCUCCAGGCCGCAAGGGUAGUAUCCAGGACCGGCCUCUACCCCCACCUCCACCCCGCCUUCCUGGCUAUGGAGGCCUCAAGGUGGAGGAUAAUCCGGAGAGCAGAGAGGUGGAGGACGAUCCAGCAGGACUCCACAAUGAGUAUGAAGGCAUCCCAGUGGCGGAGGAAUACGACUAUGUCCACCUGAAGGGCAUGGAUAAAGCUCAGGAAUCUAGGACCCUGGAUAAAGCCUCUCCAGAGGAUCCUGAACCGCUGGAGAGGGGCUUGCCAGAGCAGCAGGAAGCCCUUGCCCCAGGGGAGCCACUGGUUCUGUCCACCGGAGACCAACAGCUCUUACACUUCUACGCAGGCCAGUGCCAGAGCCACUACUCAGCAUUGCAGGCAGCGGUGGCGACCCUCACGUCCAGCACCCAGGCCAACCAGCCCCCACGCCUCUUCGUGCCCCAUGGCAAGCGGGUAGUGGUGACUGCUCACCACCUGGUGUUUGUUGGGGACACCCUGGCCCGGCUGGCGUCCUCUGCUCCUCUGCGAGCACAGGUUGGAGCUGUAGGCUCAGCUCUGGGCCAGGCCUUGCAGGCCACUGUGCUGGCUGUCAAGGAGGCAGCGCUGGGUUAUCCGUCUGGUCCUGCAGUCCAGGAGAUGGCACGAUGUGUGGCCGAACUAUCAGGGCAGGCCCUGCAGUUCACCACCCUGCUCACGAGUCUGGCUCCCUGAGCAUGCAUUGGCACAAACUUCCCUUCCUUCCCUGCCUGCCAGAGCCACUCUCCAAGCUUGGAUGAUUGAGCGCUCUGUUUUAGGAAGGGAAGGCGUCUACCCUUUUCUACUCUUUCUGGUCAUCUCAGCCUCUGACAGGCAUGUCCUCCCCCUUCCUACUGCUUUUUGUACGAGCCAUUUUAUAUAAAUUAUUUAUAUUUAAUGUUAUUCCCUGCUUUGUUGGGGCAGAAAAGAGCUGGAUUUUCUUCUCCAGCCUCUCAUAGAGGUCACUGUGGUGCCUUCCACCUCUGCAAGUUUGAUGCUCAGAGAAUUGGGUGGCAGAAACUUAGGGCCAUACAGAACCUCUUAUCCUUCUCCUUGGCUGCAGAACUAAGCACCACACUGGUGAUCGUUGGGGGGACAGAGACCUAAGGAUUACCCAGAAUGGAGGUCUGGGGAUGCCAGAAGGUUCCUCCUCUCUGAAGAUUGGAGAGCUGGGCCUUGAGCAUGGGCAUCCACCUCAAUAAAGCCUGAG